ACAUGUACAUACUCAAUUCAUUUCAAUAAAAUAAUACUUUCCUCCCAGUUGACAAAAGCUUGAGAGCUAGCUCCGCUGUGUUUGGUAGACUAUAAGCUCAGCAACUGGAAAGCUUCGUUAUGUCGGAACCCGAGACGCAACCGACGCAGGAUGUCUUCUUUCUGAAUACGGAGGAGUACGACGAUGAUGAGGUCGAUGGUCCCACAGAAGAUCCGGUCUGGGCUCGACUCUUUGCCACUGGCAACCACAAUUACCCUUCACUGGAGCUGAAAGAGGAUGAAUAUACGAUUGGCCGCCAUCGAACAUGCGCUUACGUGUUGGAGGACAAGACCUACACACAUUAUCCGUCUUUUUCCAACUGCCAUUGCCGCAUCUUUAGAGAGCAUGGAAAGACUGGCUACACCGUGUUCCUGGAGGACAAAAGUGCGAAUGGAACAUUUGUGAACGGUGACAAGAUCGGGAAGGGAAGGAAACAAGUUUUGAAUGGUGGUGACGACAUUGCAUUUUCGCUGAAAGAGAACAAAAUGUUUAUUUUCCAUGAUAUGGCUGAGAAAGAAGGAGCACUCAAAUUGCCCGAGGAAAUGUCAAAGCAAUACGUGCUCUCCAAGACGCUUGGCCGUGGUGCUUGCGGAGAAGUGAAGCUGGCGUUUGAUAAGUCAUCCGGACGAAAGUCGGCUGUCAAGAUCCUGAGCAAACGGAAGUUUUCGAUCGGGCCAUCAGUGCCAGCAAAUCUAACAGAAGAGGUGCGCAUCAUUCAGCGUCUUGACAACCCUGGUGUAAUCCGUGUGGAGAACAUGUUUGAAACGGACAAUCAGCUGUUCAUUGUGCUUGAGCUGAUGGAGGGCGGUGAGCUUUUCGACAGGGUUGUGAACACAGGUCGCUUUGAAGAGCCGUUGUCCAAGCUAUGCUUCUACCAGAUGGCCAUGGCUGUACAGUACCUUCACAAGAAUGGCAUCACCCACAGGGACUUGAAGUGUGAGAAUGUUCUCCUUGCUGACGAUCGGAAAGAGACGCUUCUCAAGCUGACAGAUUUUGGCCUGUCGCGAGUGGUUGGAGAGCAGUCUCUAAUGAAGACGCUGUGUGGAACGCCAAGUUACCUUGCUCCUGAAGUACUAACAGACUCUGGCCUGGGCGGCGGGUACAGCAAAGCCGUGGACAAUUGGUCCCUGGGUGUGAUCCUGUUCAUCAUGCUGGCGGGAUAUCCUCCCUUUUCUGACGAGAUCACGGACAUGUCAAUGGCGGACCAGAUCAAGAAGGGUCGCUACAGCUUUCCACAGCAGUACUGGGGCAAUGUGUCACAAGACGCAAAAGAACUGAUACGCAAGCUGUUGACCGUUGAUCCAAAGAAGCGUUUCUCCAUUACUGAAGCGUUGGACCAUACGUGGACCAAGGAUGAAGGUGUCAUUGCCAAGGCGAAGUCUCUGAUGUAUCCAUCAGUUGUGUCUUCAGAUGACAAUGAUAGCUCCCUGUGCACGGCUUCCGGGGCGAGCAAGAGCACGAACAACGGCAGCACAGCAAGUACAGCUACGGUGGCAGCCAAGCGUCGGUCUGAUCCAGCUGAUCCAGCUGAUGACGCGGCUGAACCGAGCGCAAAGCGACCCAUUACCCAGGCCGAGGGCACAGAAUCCCUGUGAGACCUUCACCGCUCAUCACAUCGCACCGACGAUACUCCGAAGUCCAAACGGUACUGACUGGUGCUGGUGCAAUCCACAGCACUGUUGCUAUGCGUUCAGGAGCCCGCUGGUGAUGAAACGCACCCGCACGAUCAAGCUCAUCUGGCGUCAGGCGAUUGAUGCAGAGAAGCUACGAUGCGCUGCGGUUGCAAUAUAUACAGCUGCCAAUACCACACGGAACAGCAUGCCGGUGUGAGCACGCUCCUGACAGCUGCAUUCAGCAACGGCAGUGUUGAUCAACCUGUACAUACACGUGCACUCAAACGCCUAGUCUCUUGGUGUUCCGAACAGAAUAUAUCUUCGAACGACCCAUCCCUGGAUACUUUGUACAAUUCUCAGCCUUUGUUUUUCUUGGCGUGAACUUUCUUCAAUAGUAACACUAAUAGUUUCCAUUUUCCUUUACUCUCUUUGCCGAGCUGUAGUUUACUCUCUUUGCCGAGCUGUAGUUUGGCCCGUUUGCCGUAGAAAAGUUACGGUCUUUUUUUCUGUUGUCCGCUCUCAAGGUGGUUUUUAAUGCAAGUAAGGAUUUGUUUUCUUGGUAGCUGGUCUACCUUGCCAGGGGGUUAGGCUACUUUAUAUGUACCGUAAUCCAAAUGUUUUUCCUCUACUCUGUGCGGUAUUGUGAGUGGGUUGUAUUUUUGAGCUCUUGUCUCCUGUAUUCGUUUUGUUGGUGAAGCAUUCUGUACUCCGCUUGGCAGGUGUGUUGUGCUGUGCCACUGAACUGUAUGCAUUGUGUCAUAUCGCGUGUCGUCCUGAACUGUGCUAACAUCAUGAAAUUGUAGUGAAGCUGA